AUGGCUGAGAAUUCAAACAUGUCCGACGUACCGCUGAAAAGAGCACUCCCGCGGAAGAGUGCCUUUUCAUGUGAGGCGUGUCGCAAACGUAAAGUGAGUUUCCGAAGUCGGACAGGAUCCGAGAUGGCAUGGAAGUGGAUUGCGGAAUGUCCUGAGUCAGUUUUGAGGCUGACUGGAGAGCCAUUUGACAGGUCAAGUGUAACGGAGCCAGCCCGGCAUGCUCACGCUGUGCUGCACGAGGCGAGACAUGCGUGCAGAGUCCGAUACCAAGUCGGCGCUGCUCAUACUCUCCGUGGUUUCUGUCCCAUCGCUAACUGUCUCGUUCUCGCGGUUUGCAUUGAUAGAGCCCCAACGUUGUCUUACACCAAGCAGCUUGAGGCUAGGGUUGCCCAGCUGGAACAGGCUCUUUCCAGAGCCCGGGGUGAGCGUACGGAUACCGACGCACCCAAGGCAAGCUCACCAAUCUCGCUGGCGGAAUCUAGCUCGAGUGCCGGCUACAGGGUCAAACUCGAAAACGAUGAUUCACAGGAGUUAUCAAGGGAAUUCGAAGGCUUGAGUGUCGAAACGGAUGGACGAAUUUCGUUUCAUGGGCCAACCAGUCUCUUCCAAUUGCCCAGUGGUCCUGUGAGCGAGACGGCGUCGGCGACUCACGUGGUGCAUGAACUUCAAGCUCGCAAGGAGCGAUUGAUCAACAGUGCCUGGCGAGAGAGAGCCUUUGAGCAAAUGGCUUCGAUUCCGGAGCCAUUUCAAUAUCUGCUGGAUUCUCAUUGGUGUUGGAUACAGCCUCUGUUCAACUUUGUCUAUCGGCCAGCGUUCACUCGUGAUAUGAAGAUCCAGGGACAAUAUUACUCCGACGCUUUGAUGAACGCCAUCCUCUCCCACUCUGUGCGCUGGUGUAAAGCGGAGCCUCAUAUUGGUCCACUCCUGGACUCAUACGAGGGGGGAGCCCUUUUCUCUCAGCGGGCUGUCUCGGGACUGUUUGAGACUCUGCAGGAUGGGCACGCCAGUGUACCCACCGUCCAGACGCUCUUGCUUCUCAGUGCGCAAGAAUGCGGAAAGGGCAACCGGUCUCAGGCCUGGCUCUACAGUGGCAUGGCCUUCCGCAUGCUGGAGGAUCUGGGCAUCUCGAUUGAUAGUCGCAGAUAUCUUGGUGCGGCCCAGCUCAGCGAUGAGGACAUUGAGAUUCGUAACCGGCUGUUCUGGAGCUGUUACUUCUGGGACAAAGUUGUCUCUCUUUAUUUUGGACGAGCUCCUGCAAUGCAGCAUUCGCGAGUCAGCCCACCUCGCCUGAUCUUGGAUGACACUUCGGAGAUUGAAAGUUGGGCUCCCCAUGGGGUCACUUUCCCGGACGGUGCACAUUAUCCGCCCACACAAGCGCAUUCUACUUCGUGCUUUAUCCAAAUGUGUGGCCUCGCGGAAAUUCUCAAUCAGAUUCUGAUCCACAUCUAUGAUCCAAUGCGUCAAAAUACCGAGGCGGAGUUCUUCGAGUGUGUCCAGGAACAAGCGAAGAAUCUGAGCGAGUGGUGGAAUGAAUUGCCCAGUUACCUGAAGCUGGUGGCUGCGGAUUUGCCUCCUUAUUCCCCACCGAGUCACAUCAUGACUCUCAACUGUUUCUACCACACGGUCAAUAUUCUGCUCCAUCGUCCAAUCCUUUGCUCCCGAGCGCCGUUGAAAACACGAUCAGAACCAUACGACAAAAGCCAUCUCGUGCAAUGCCUGGCCUCUGCUACUUCAAUCCUCUCGCUAUUCGACCUCUAUCGCCGAACAUUUGGUGAUAACCACGUGGUUCUUUCCCUUGCUUACAGCAUUUACACCGCCGCUUCCAUCUUUUUGUUGGAAAUCCAAGCGCUGAAAUAUGCAGCCCCGGGGACGUUGGAUAAGCUCAGAUUCUGCAUUCUCGCUCUGGAGCGCAUUCAAAGAUCUAACCCUGUGAUCACCACUGCCAUUGGUCUCAUCUAUCAGGAGACUCACAAGCUUCACAUCGACGUUCACCUCGCUAUACCCAACCGGCAUCCACAGUCCGAUCCUCAACAUUCUCCCAGCCAUACCCCAAGCCAUACGCAUUCACAAUCAUUCUCUCAGCCUCAUUCAUCGAUACCCAGUCAACAUUCCCACUCUACCUCAUCGAGCAGUGAUCAUUCUCGUCACGUCUCCCCCGCUAUGCAGCAGCAACAACAACAACAUCAUCAUCAACAUCAACAUCACCAACAUCACAAACACCAUCAUCACCAGCGCCCGCAAAGCCGGACCACCAUCAGCCCUCAGCCUGUGAGUGCCGGAUCAGGGGCAAGCUCAUCCAUGAUAUCCGAUUACCAGGCGUUCAAUCCAUCGGACCUUUCGUUUGGCCAAUCUCAUAUCAGUGAGAUGCCGCAAAUGGCGCCUACUCAUCUCUUGGGUGGUAUGCCGAAUGCUGUAAUGACCGUCGACAAUUCGAACGCAUACGAAAUCACCCCUGAGGUGUUUGAAGCAUUUUCAUAUGCACAGCCGAUUUCGACUACGAUGACGACCCCAUUUCAAAGUGAAUGGUCCGGUCCACCUCAUUGA